AUGCAGAUCCACUCUAUUCGUUCUAAUGCGUCGGGCGUGCGUUCGUUUCAUUGCACGCAUGUUCAGCCAGGCGGCCUGUAUCUUUUAGCAAAUAUGCCGCCUACCGACAAGCUGCUGCUGAUUGUUGACCUGAUUUCAUUUUCCUCCUUUCCUUGUUUCCUUCCACUGUUGAUAAUUACGAUGAUUACACCGUUGCUCUGUCUUUUAGAAUAUAUCUAUUGCGGUCAGGGUUUGUUGGUUGAGAGAGUCGCGUUUCUCCCUGUUUCUUUGUUCGAUCUAUAUCGAUUUGUCUAUCCUUUCUUUAUUGACUGCCUCUUCUUUCUUUCAUUUUUCUUUAUCUAUCUAUCUAUCUAUCUAUCUAUCUAUCUAUCUAUCUAUCUAUACUUAAAUUACGCUUUUUCUUUCAAAGUUAACACGUUCCAAUUUUGCUUUUAUCCCGUUCGUUUUUCGUUUCUAUUUUCUUUGUUUACUUUAAUAUGCAAUCUCACUGUUUGUUUGUUUCUUUCUUUCUUCGUUGUUAUACCUUCUUUCUUUCUUUCUUUCUUUCAUUCUUUCAUUCUUUCUUUCUUUCUUUCUUUGCUUUCCUUCAUUCAAAUUUUCAUUUCUUUAAUUUUCUUUUCAAAUCUUUUCAUUUUUGAUUUUCUUCUUCCAAAUCUUCAAGUCUUGUUUAUAAUCUAUCUAUUAUCUAUCUAUCUUCUAUUAUCUAUCUAUCUAUUUCUAUCUUUUUUGUUUCCCUUAUUCAUUCAAGUCUUCAUUCUUUCUUUUGCUUUUAAAAUUUUUAUACCUUUUUCUUUCUUCUUUUUCUUUCAUUCAAGUCUUCAUUGCUAUCUAUCUAUCUAUCUAUCUAUCUAUCUAUCUAUCUAUCUAUCUAUCUAUCUGCUUUCUAUCUAUCUUUCUAUCUUUUUCAUUUUCCUUCAUUCUUUCUUUCUUUCUUUUCUUUCUUUCUUUUUCUUUCUUUUUCUUUCUUUCUUUCUUUCCCUUCAUUCAAUCUUAUUCUAUUAUCUAAUCCAUUUCGUUAUAUCUAUCUUCUUUAUCUUUUUCUUUUUCAAUUAUUCACCUAAUCCAAGUUCCUUUUGCUUUUUUCACCCAAGUCUUUUUUUUACCUUUCUUUCUUUCUUUUUUUCUUUCUUUCUUUCUUCAUUUCUUUUCAUUUAUCUAUCUAUCUAUCUAUCUAUCUAUCUAUCUAUCUAUCUAUCUGCUUUCCUUCACUCAAGUCUUCAGUGUUAUACCUUUUCAUUCUUUCGUUGUUUGUUUGUUUGUUUUUUUCUUUCUUUCUUUAUUUCUCUCUUUCUUUCUUUCCUUCUUUCUUUCUUUCUUUCUUUCUUUCUUUCUUUCUUUCUUUUAAACGCCUUAUAA